UUGGCAUGGUUUCAUGUGAGGCUGCAUUGUGGACAGGAGGACAGGAGGACAGGAGGACUGGAGACACUAGCUGCCUGCAGCACAGAGAGGAGGACACCAGGGAGAGCCUCUACAGCCUCUACAGAGAAAACCCUCCUUUAGCUGAACAUUAUAUCAGCCCAUCCUCGGUGCUCAUGUUCAGGUUGCCUCCCUCUCCACAACUCCACCACAACCAGCAGCCGACUCACUGAGGAGGAGGCUCUGAUUCAAGCCUCCAUCCGCCAUUUUCAGCAGAUUGAAAGCAGUCCAUGUGAUAACGCUCCAUUAAGACUUGGUUUCCACUGUCUUGUGGAAACACACCUUAACAGAUGAUGGCUAUCACUGGAGGGAUGGUGGAAACUCUGGAUGAAGUUCCAGCUCAUGUGUGGACGGGUUUGCCUGACGGUUUGAGUCUCGGACCUUCUGCUAUAAAUCAAAGCCGCGUUGGUGUCUGGGCCACUCAGGUCAUCCCUAAAGGCAAGAGGUUCGGCCCGUUUGUUGGAGAGAAGAAGAAAAGGUCGCAGGUGUCCAGUAAUGUGUACAUGUGGGAGGUUUAUUUCCCAGCGCGGGGCUGGAUGUGUGUCGACGCCACAGACCCCAUGAAGGGGAACUGGCUGCGAUACGUGAACUGGGCCGGCUCCGGUGACGAGCAGAAUCUGUUCCCCCUGGAGAUCAACAGAGCCAUUUACUACAAAGUUUUAAGGCCUAUCGGACCCGGAGAGGAGCUGCUGGUCUGGUACACGGUGGAAGACAACCCGGAGAUAACAGCUGCACUGGAGGAAGAAAGAGCAGCCAGCAGCAGCAGUCUGAGCAGGAACCACUCACCCAGGGCGAAGAAGCGAGCCAGAAGAAAGCUGCUGGAGGGAGCCAGACAGGCUGGUUUGGGUGGAUUCAAGAAGACGAGUGAAACCAAACACCCCGUCAUGGAGAUGUGGGAUGAGGAAGAAGGUCUGAAGGAGGAGGAUGAGAGGCCAUCAACGUUGGGGCCCUCACGGGAACUCCAGCAAACCCAUCCCAUGAGAAGCACUGACCACAGAAACACGGAGGAUAUGUCGGCAGUGAUGAUGGACAGGGGAAAUGGGGAGGAGGAGGAAGAGAUGGAGGAUGCUGAUGAUCUAGUGAAACCGAGUGAAGUACAGCAGCAAACUGCUCAGCGUUUACCUGUGGCUGAUUCCAUGCUGAAUAAGCAGCCGGGCGCAUCGCUGACCCAUGGUGAAGCAAGCCAUAAGGAGUCGCAGGGGAAGUCGAAGUCUUCCUCGCUUGCAGGACAAGAACCUGAGGCUGAUCCUGAUCUUGACCUUGACCCCGACCCCGAUGGUGACCUUGAGGGUGAUCCCCACGGAGAGUCCUAUCCCUGUCAGCACUGUGAGCGCCACUUCUCCACCAGGCAGGGUCUGGAACGUCACAUACACAUUCAUGCCAUCACUAACCAGCAAACACAACAGUUCAAGUGCCGGUACUGCAGCAAAUCCUUUGGCUCGCAGGUGGGGCGGCGGCGGCAUGAGAGAAGGCACGAGAGCGGGCUAAAGAAAAGGCCUGGCUCUCUGGCAGGGACUGCCACGCUACUCAGUCCUGUGAUGCAGACUGAUGGUUCAAGUCCUGACUGCACCAGCCCAACCAGUCACUACAUAGCCAUAGGGUCCCAGUUUACUGGAGGACCUCUGCCCGACUCUGAGAUUCAGAGGAAGGAGUUGGGGCCUUUUGCUGACCGUCCCAUUAUGCAGGAAGAAAAUGGGGAGUCAAAGGAGCUCCAUCCCUGCAAGUACUGUAAUAAAGCAUUUGGCACACACACCAACAUGCGCCGACACCAACGCAGAAUACAUGAACGACACUUGUUACCAAAGGGAGUUCGCAGGAAAGGCAUGCUACUGCAGGAGGCGUCAGUGCCUAAACAGCAGCAGCAGCCCGACGAGUCCCCCAGUACCAGCCCUCCACCCGUCUACGUGCCCAGUGCGGACACAGAAGAUGAGGUAGACCGGGAUGAUUACGCAGUCGACAUAUCCAAAAACAUCUCUGAGAAUUUGAGCUUUUACAUUGACGGCAAGAUUGUGUCCACCAGUUCGGUGAGCACCUGUGAGGUGAUAGAGGUGGACUCCAGAUCUGCAGCUCUGUUCGGUCUGGACACGGUCAUCAUCAGCCCAAAUCAGAUCAGUCAGGCGCUGAAGAUGGAGGGUAGAAUGAGUACUGUAAAGCAAGUCUCCAACAUUGGCCAGCCAGCAGCAAAAAGACGAACAUCUACACCCCCAUUUGUUCCCAGCCUUAAAGUCGAGACAGAAUCAGCACCUUUCACAGCCUCUUCAUCGUCUUCAUCAUCCUCUACAUCUUCCUCGUCCAACUUGUUAGUGGGCGGACUGUUCCAGCAAGCUGCUGAUUCGUCAGCAUUUCAACGAGAGAAGACGGUUUAUCUCUCACCUAAGCUCAAACAGCUCCUUCAGACACAAGACAUUCAGAAAUCAACCAUCGCCCUGAUAACAGAAAGCCAUAGACUGGCCUCGCCGCUGUCAGUCACGCCGCUGCCGGGGGCUUCAGGCAGGUUUAAAAGAAGAACAUCAUCCCCUCCGUCAUCUCCACAACUCAGUCCUGCAUGUAAAACAGAAAGCUGUAGAGCCGAGGUGGCGAGCUCAUUCGCCCUCAAGGUGCCAAAGCUGGAAAGCCGCAGUGCGUCACCUCCUGGGAGCCUACUGGACAAGGAAGACGGAGACAGUCUGAACCUUUCUGACAAUAAUAUGCAUGGCCAAACCUCAUCUGGUAGCGGUGGAAAUUCCUGUAAUCAGCAGCCCUUGGAUCUGUCAAACUCCCUCGGCAGGAGGAGGGACAGCGUGAACAAGGUUGUCGGGGACUCGGCUCUUGAUUUAAGCUUCCAUCGGAAGAGCAACGUCGAGCCGGAGUUAAAGGGAGCUCCAGCACCACAGCCACUGAUAAAAAAGAGAAAGCCGAACACCAGCAUGCUUGAAAAGGUGCUGAUGAAUGAGUAUUUAGGUCUGCCUUUGCCAGGAGAUGAGGGCCCCUCGGCCAACUUAAGUUGUUUCCAUCCUCGCUCUCCAAACGUUGCAACAGAGUCCGCCCACCCCUCUCCACCCUCUUUGACCCCCGUCACCAUGAACCCCUCUUCCCCCGGUGACUCCAGCGGGACAUCCCCAACACCGCCUCCCCCUCUACUACCUACCAUACCUUCUCCACCGCAUAUGCCCGGCUCUCCUCUUUCUCAGCCUUCAGACUCCUCUGCACCGAGACCCCUUCCUGUCCUCUCGCCAAAAAUGUCUCCACGAUCAGUUGAACGCAAUCCCCUCUCAGAAUCGGAGGAAAAUGUGUCUGGUGAAGAAAACGAAGACGAUGAAGCGGACCAUAUCUCUGAGCCACUGGACUCCCCUAACACUCCACUUAAAGAUCCCCUUAAUUGUUCAGCGAUAUCAAGCCCUCCUGAGCCGACACCAGUAGAUCUGCCCACUACAGAAGAAGAUGUUUCUCUGCUUGCAACUUGCAACAGUUUGCUAAAUGGCAAAAUGAACCAAAACUCUGACACCGUAAAGGAGAAAUCUCUUGCUGCUCUCUCACCCCAGCCAGAAUCCUCAUCUUCCUCAUCAUCUCCUCCUCCUGCAUCACAUGAUCCUUCCCCAUCACUGGUUUCACAAUCCUUCCCUCAGAUUAAGAUAAAAGAAGAGCCUCAGCACUGGGAAGACGAGCUGACAGUUAUGAAUCAUGCACCUCCGGAUGGUGUUGACUCCUCAUCUCAACCUGCUGCUCCCGAUAAACCGCGUGAUAAAACCUCUGAGUCAGAGGAAGUCGACUCGACAUACUGCAAAACUUUUGUGUGUAAUGUCUGCGAAGAGCCGUUCAACUCAAUCAAAGAGCUCAGUGGACAUAUCGCAGAGCACGCUGCGGAUUGGCCUUUCAAGUGUGAAUUCUGCGUGCAGCUGUUUGGUGACGCUCCGGCACUGCUGGCUCACCGGACAACACUACACGGAGUGGGCAGGAUAUUUGUUUGCUCCGUUUGUUCCAAGGAAUUUGCAUUUCUCUGCAACCUCCAGCAGCACCAAAAGGAUCUGCAUCCAAACGAGACUUGCUCACACAACACUGUAGAGAGUGGCAAGCUAAGGCCGCAAAAUUACACGGAUCCAUCCAGAGCCAAAGAGGAGAGCAGUCCGUCAACACCAGCGCCGGAGACGACUGAUGAAGCUGCUCCACACAGUGACGCUGUUAUAGCAAAAGAAGAGCCUGAUGUUAAUGGUAAUCACACAGAGGACGGGGCAGAGGACCCCAAUGAGGAGCUGUACACUACAAUAAAGAUCAUGGCCUCAGAGGGAGGGAAGCCUAAAGGCCCGGAUGUUCGACUUGGCAUUAACCAACACUACCCCAGUUAUAAGCCACCGCCUUUUCCUUAUCACAGCCGUUCCCAUGCUGGCUCGGUGGCCUCGGCUACUAACUUCACCACCCACAACAUACCACAGACUUUCAGCACUGCCAUACGCUGCACCAAGUGUGGCAACAGCUUUGACAACAUGCCCGAACUGCACAAGCACAUUUUGGCCUGUGCCAAUGCUAGUGAUAAGAAGCGCUACACUCCCAAGAAAAACCCCAUCCCCCUCAAGCAAAUAGUGAAGAGUCCGAACGGAGUCGCGUCCCCUUCAGCAGCCAUCGCAGGCCAGAGUCCUUUCCGUAGAAUGGGUCAGCCAAAGAGACUUAACUUUAAUCAAGAGACCGGUAAAACAAAAAUGAGUGCCCUCAGUAAGAAGAGAAACCAGUUGCUUCAGAAGGCAAUUUCACAGAAAAAUAAGGCUGCUACUUCUGCAAAGAAGGCUACCGUUAAAGUUGAAGAAGAGCUGCCCUCUAACGUUUGCCCCCACUGCGGCCGGGAGUAUACUUAUCCUGCAAGUCUCAAUAAACAUAUGGCAGUCAGCUGUCCCAAGAAGCCUGUUGUUAAAAGGGGCAAAAAAGGUCUAGCAGAGGUGAAAAAAGAGGUGCCGUCUGUGGUAGAUAAAACCACAAAAAAGAAAGCUCCAGACUGUGAAAUAGCGCAGACAGAGCCUGAGCCUAAACCCCUGGGAAAGACCAGAGCUCGUAGCUCUGGUGCAGCAGACCCUGAACCCUCCCAGGCCAGCAAAGGAAAAAACACUGCUCCGCUGCGCAGACUAAAGAGGCCUGCCUCGUUCCCAGCACCAGUUUCUGCUCGCAAAAGAGCCAAGAAGGGCCAAGCUCAGUCUCUACCUCCCACCCCGUCAGCCCCGGACACUCCCAGUGACACUGCACAACCACGGCCAGCCAUGAGAAUGCAGCGUAUGGGCAAAGAGGCAGCACCCAAGAGAUUAGCAGAGGCCAAAUCAUCACCACCACAACAGCCGAAAAAAGAGGAGCGGUUCUCCCUUCGAACGAGGGAGCGAGUAGGUGGUCCAGUCACUAGGAGCUUACAGAUGGUCAACGCAGCUCCUCCUGCUGAGGAAAAAAAGGAGGAACCACCUAUUCAAGAGCCAAACGAGACUCAGGAGGUGCUGACGAAGUGAGCCAUGCAGACACUGUUCAGCUCCUCUGGGUGUACGGUGCUCACCUCUCAGGCAACGCUCUGGACUAAUCAAGGCACUGACAUCACUGAGGUCCACCUCCGUAGUCCACCUCUGUGGUGGGCUCAUUCACUCAAAACAAGUGAAGUCUCUCAACUGCCUUUGCUGGAUUUAAGGAGGGAACUCUCUUUAUCUUCCAUCCAUCUUAUGAACUGAACUGAACUGAGCCUCGAUUUUAGCCAGCCUUGCAAAAAAAAAAAGGAAAACUGUAAAUGACAAUGAGUUAAUAUAUAAACAAUGCGAGUCAUUACUUGACCCAAAACAGUAACAUUAGGGCUCCGUUAUGUUGGACAGCUGAUAUAUUGCAAAUGGCAAUCACGUAUCAGUUAGGGUUAGGGAAACUUGUUUAUUCUUUCGUUCCGUAUUUUCCCCAUUUGGUUGUUUAGAUUUUUGGAUGUUUCCAGAGUCUCUUAAUGCAUGUGCAGAAUAGAGUAUGAACUAGAUUAAGCCAAUUACCAUGUCUUCUCCCAAUGGGCACCUACUUCAGUUUAUACAUGAUUUGCAAAGUACGUAUGUUUGAUUUAAAUUUCUGUAGUCAUUAUAUUGUAGAAUAUAUCUUAUUGGCAUAUUUUUGUUUGGGAAACAAAAAUGAAAAUGGCAGUAGUUUACUGCACCAAUUGGUCCUCAGGAACACUGUAUAUGUGUGUGUUAAGUAUGUGUAUGGUUCUAGUUGGAUGUGUGGCCCGACAGCUAUUCCUUUGGAUAAAUCUCAAGUAUGUCUCAUGUUUUUACUUGCCUUCUCAUACUCUUUUGUUUAUCCGACGUUGGCAGUUAAUUCCAGCUGUAAAAAUGAUGGGAAAUAUGUCGUAGUUUCCUUAAAAUAAUGUCCAUCUUGAAAAGAUUUUUUUAAUAUCCCUCACUCAGCCCAGUGUUUCUUACAGCACUUUAAAACGAACUGCCAAAAUUUCGAGCUGGAUCAGUAAGAUUGGCUUAAUUAAACGGUGAAUAAUGGAAUGUAUUCAGGUCUGUUGCACUUUACAGACGCUGGUAAUUUGCGCCAAAUUGGUGCAAAUCAAUCUAAUCUCAAAUACUACUUUUACAGUCCACAAAUCUCUACAUUGGUGGUCUUCGUUAAGCAAUUUGCCACGUGAAAAUGACACAUGAAGCAACUUUUAUAUGCCAAAAUGCAUGAUAAUAACUCAAAUCCUCAAAUAAGUUGAAUGCAGCACUGCUCUUUUUUUCCGUUGUGACGUGUGAAAAGUAGUUUCAUGUGCCGUUUUCCUUUAAAGAGCCACGCCACAGUAACAACUGAUUUUUCUCCGAAGGACAAAGUCAUGUGUUUUCUGUGAGUUGAUAUAUUUGGUAAGUCUGUACCAAUGAAAAGCUUCUUAUUCUUUAGUUUAUAUUCUCCAGUGCUCACCCCACGUUCCCAGUCUUGACCAUGUUGUACCACAGAGACACACGGGCAGUGCUUAAAACGCUUGUAGCAUGUUACGGGAAAGAAAAUUGAACAACUUGAUUUGAAGCUAAUUUAUAUUUCCACGAGAAAUCUUCAUGUCACAGCAUCAAGAUUAUGUAUUUAAGGAUGAACAAAGACAAAAUUCCGAAUGACCUCAAGUAAAACAUUGCUGUAAUUGACAUAAUAAAAAAAAAAAGUUUUUCAA